CGGCGAGACUGGUUAGCGGCGAGCUUGGUUGUGCGACAUAGUGGAGGUGCCAGGCGGUGGAUCGCGGUGGUUCUUUUGAAGGUUUGGCUGGGGUGGCUGGCCACGGGCUGCAACAUAUUCUUUCACCAUGACAUGCACCAACGUGCCCUAAGACAAACACCAAUGU